GAAAGCAAAUGUGAAAGCAAGAGUGAUAUGCUCCUGAAGGCUAGUCUUGCACAUAGUCAGUAUAAAAAUGUCUGCUUUGUCGAAAAGAGAGUCAGAAGGUUGUAGAAAACUUUUGACUCUGCUGUCAGUGGACGACUUGUUGGCUCUGAGCGAUACAGUGACAAACCGGUUAAUCCCUGUAGCUAGUUCUGGAGAGGCAAUUGAAGCUAUCAUAGCUUACUCUCAGAGUGCCGAGGAGCUCCUCAAAAGGAAAAAAGUUCAUCGGGAUGUUAUCUUUAAAUACCUCGCUACAGAAAAAGUUGUUCUCCCUGCAGCCAGUGACAAACAUCAGCUAGUAAAAAGGACUCUUGAGUUCUGGUCAUCUGACAGCAAGAAAUCACAGAACACAGUAAAUGCCACUAGUGCAUGCUGUACCGAGCAGACUGGAGAUGGUUCGGCAGAUCUGACAGCUCUGGGGAAGCAGUUUUGCCAGUGGUUCUUCCAGCUUUUGAACUCCCAGAACCCCCAGGCCAGUCAGCCGGUGCAGGACUGGGGUCCACAACAUUUCUGGAGUGAUGCCAAGCUGCUGCUUUGUUCCCACACCCAAACUGAAGAGUUUUUUGGAGCUGAACUGGUGAGCAAGCGUCUUUUUGCCCUCACCUGGGAGGAGAGGUUACUCUUCUGCCCCAACCUGGAGCUAAGAGGCCUGAAGUGUGUAUCUACGGCACAUGGGUUGGUGCUGGUGGCCGUCGCCGGCACCAUCCAUCGGGAGAGUGAUUGCCUUGGAAUUUUCGAACAAGUGUUCGGCCUGAUUCGUGCUUCCCUGGAUGAGAGCCGCUGGAAGAUCAAAUUUAUGCAUUUAAAAAUAAAGGGACAGAUCAUUAAAGAGAGAUUGCCGGAAGUGACCUAUGAUUCAAAAGAACUGACUCAGCUGUUUACUUAGUAGAACGGUUUAUGUGGACCUUUUUACACUAAACAAAAAGCACUUUAAUCCGUACAUGAUAAAUUCUAAAUAUUGUUUUAACGUGGAUCAUUUCUUUUCACUGUUAAUAUACAGUUUGACCUUUUUUAGAAUUUUUUUUUCUUUUAAUUAGGACAGGUUUAAGGGUGAAGGAGUAAUACCAUUUGUUUACUUAUUUCUGUUUGUCUUUUUGUUGUGAUGCUUAUAAUAUGGCCUAUGUUCUUAGCUGAAUAGUUCUAUUCUAGAGUUUAUUCAUCAUAGAUCUUAGAUUAUCAACAGAUUUUCUUUAGAUUAUUUUUUUACUGCUUGACAUUUAAGUGAAAAUUACUGAAUCAGUAUCAGUAUUUCUUUUCCUCUCCAGUCUUUUUAAAGACUAAAUGUGUCAAAGCUUUGUCUUAAUUUUAAAGCAGUUCAGUAAAAGACCAAAGUUAAACUUUGCCCAAAUGUGUUUGUUUACCAAGUACAUAAAUGUGAGUAACAUAUUUUCUCACAUUUAAAACUCUUAUUUUGCCUUUUAUAAUACAUUGUUAAUAAUUUUUAUGUUCAUGAACCCAGUUUGAGAUUAAUUUUGUUUUUGAGAUCCUGGAAGUAGUCAUUAGAAUAUGGGUAAAUUCUGCCAAUGAAGGGAUGCUCAUGGUUAUCAAAUUGUUUGUGGACAUUACUGCAGUGAUUAAUUUGUUGGUGUAGCUAAACACAUUCCCCACAUUAUUGCACCACCAGCCUGGACUGUUGAUACAAAGCAAGUUGGCACCAACUUCUGAUUAUACCAUGACUAUGCCUUAGCAUUAUUUGACUAGUCUGUUUUUUCCAGUCUUCAGCUGUCCAGUUCUGGUGAGCCUGUACCCACUUCAGAAGUGGAACCUUCUGGUCUUCUGCUGUUGUAGCCUAUCCACGUCAAAGUUUGAUGUGUUGUGCAUUCUAGAAUGUUUUUUCCAUUCCCCAUCACAACUGUACCAAGUGAUUAACUGAUUUAUUGUAGCCCUUCUAUUGGCUCAAAUCAGUCUGGCCAUUCUCCAUUGACCACUCUCAUCAGCAAGGCAUUUCCAUCCACAGAACUGCUGCUUACUGGAUAUUUUUCCCACUUUCACACACCAUUCGGAGUCAACUCUAGAGACUGUUGUGGAUGGAAAUCGCAGGUAAUUAUAGAAAUUAUGCUACAGUUAAAAUCUAAAGUUCCUAGUAAAGUGUCUAGGUAGUGCAUAAUGUAUAAUAAAACUUUUGUUUAUUAUGCAUAUGCUCCUUACAGCUAUAAUCUAUCUUUUAAUUGAUGUUGUCAAGCCUUAACAGUGUUUUGAAAUGAUUUUCAUUUUAAUGAAAACGAUUAUGGAUGCGGGAAAAUACCUGAACCUUCUGUUAUCCAUACCUCUUAAAAGUUUUACUAAAAUGCACAUACUGUAGUCACGCACCUGUGGCCAA